AUGUCCUCCUUUCCAGAAACAGUUGAGGAAUUUGAAAAGUUCUUCAAGGAUAUCUUUGAAGCCUGUGGGGAACAGGAAAAAUCCACAGGUGAUUUUCAGCAAGGGCCCAACAUUCCUGAGGUGGCCAAGGAUAGGAUCAUCUAUGGAGAUCAGAUGACAGACCCCCAACACCAGAUAAACCACUAUGGCCAGACGACAUUCUCCCGUGCUGAGGAUAUCUACAGAGGUCAGCUGAAAAUCCUAGGUGGUGAAAACACCCACCAUGGGUACCAGACAGCAGUCUACAAAGGUUAUCAGAAUCUCUCUGUGGAUCCUCAGGUGACAAGUCCAAUUGGUGGCCAGCCUCUCUAUGACUGGCAGAUGCAAACUCCUGGAUUUAAAAGAAAUCAUCAUGGGAGCAACAAGACAAACUCCAGUGAAGAGGAGAACCUGUUUCAGUCUCCUGAGACAACUGCCAGUUUUGAAGACACUUUCUACUUUAGUGAGAUGAUGACUACCACUGUAGAUGAGAAUGUCUGCCCAGGUCAGAAGAGAUCACCCAAUGUUGAAGGAAGCCACAGUCCUCAGAGGACUUCAUGUGGUAACCAAACCCCAUAUGUGGGUGGAUCCACAUACCCUUCAAGUUCCUUUUUGGCCCAAAUUCAACCUCUGGGGAGCUUUUCAGUUUCUCCUUCAGGCCAGGGACAGCUUCCACAAGAAACAUCAGACCCAGAGACUCUGAAUUAUAUGUCUCAGAAGAAGGAUCGCAAGUUGAAACAAUAUUUCUGUUCCUUCCAGAAUUGUGAUAAAGCUUACACAACUUUAUUCCACCUCAAAGACCAUGUGAGGAAACACACUGGGGAGAAGCCUUAUGUGUGCAAAGAGCUUGGAUGCUCAUGGACCUUUUUCCGGUCAGUAGAUCUCAAAAGACACCAAAGCAAGCACAGUGGGGAGAGGCCCUACUUUUGUGCCACGUGCAACAAGAAUUUUUCCAGAUUGUGGUACCUCAAGAAACACCAGAUGAUUUGUAGUGGAUCUUCUCCCAAUGGUUGA